GCCAGUUUGGUCAGAGAGGAAGAAGUCAGGCUAGAUCUAACAUCAAGCUGUUUGCUCUUUGGUGAAAUCCCACAAUAAUAUUUUAUUUCUGCAAUGGAGGUCCCCGGACCGGACAGCGACUGGAGGAGCCCGCAGUUCCGCCAAAAAGUUGUGGCGCAAAUUGAAGAGGCGAUGAGGAAGGCAGGAACUCCACACACCAAGUCCAGCACUGAUAUGGAGAACCAUGUGUAUGUCAAAGCCAAAUCAAGAGAGGAAUAUUUGUCUCUGGUGGCAAGGCUGAUCAUUCAUUUCAGAGACAUCCACAAGAAGGCACAUGGAGGUCCAGAUCCCAUGAAUGCCCUGACUAACCUGACAGGGGUUGGAGGGGGCCCAGGCGCCAUGGGCAUGGGGCCUCGCCCCACUGGUGCACCAGUGGGUGGCAUGGGGGCCAUGGGGCAGAUGCAGAUAGGCCAGCAUGCCAUGGCAGGGGUGGCUGGAAACCCACAAGCCAUAGGAGGUCCAGGCCAGAUGCAGAUGCAGCAGAUUGUGCAGCAGCAGCAACAACAACAGCAGCAGCAGUCCAUCCAGUUCCAGCAGUUCCAGCAGGCACAGCAGCAGCAGAACGCCAUGCAGCAGCAACAAAAUGCCAUGCAGCAGCAACAAAACGCCAUGCAGCAGAACGCUGCCAUCCAGCAGCAGUUCCAGGUGCAGCAGCAACUGAAGCUUCAGCAGCUGCAGCAGCAGCAUCACCAGAACCAGCAGCUGCAGCAGCAACACCAGAACCAGCAGCAGCAACAGGCCCAGAACCAGCAACAGCAGAACCAGAUGCAUCCAGCGCGGCUCCAGCAGCAGCAGCAGCAGAUCGUGCAGCUGCAGCUUCAGCAGCAGCACGCUCAGGCUCAGGCUCAGGCUCAGGCACAAGCUCAGGCUCAAGCUCAGGCUCAGGCUCAGGCUCAGGCCCAGGCUCAGGCUCAGGCCCAGUCCAUCCAGCACAUGGUGCAGCAGCAGCAGGUUCAAGCCCAGUCGCAGCCGCAGCCAGGCCAGAUGCCCCCACACUCGCAGCAGCAGCAGCCCGGCAUGGCGCCGCAGUCCCUGGCCGGACAGAUGCCUCCUGCUCAGCACGUGUCCAUCAGCUCCAUCAGCCAGCAGCAGCAGCAGCACCUCAAGAUCCAGGCCCUCCAGGCCAGGGCAGCCUUGCAGCAGCAGCAGCAGCAGCAGCAGGUCCAGCAGGCGCAGCAGGCAGCGCAGCAAGCCCAGCAGGCCGCAGCUCAGGCCCAGCUCGCAGCCGCAGCGGCCGUGCCCGGCCAGGUAAGGCUGCAGCCACCGCAAGCCCAGAUGAUGAUCCGGCCUGGGAUUCCACCCCGGCUGCCCCGCGCCGCCCUGAACCCCGCCAUCCCACCUCCAAACCCUGCUGCGCUGGGAGGACAGCAGAUGACGCAGGUGCAGCAGCAUCAGAUGAUGUCAUCGCCCUCACCUGUGCAGGUCCAGACGCCGCAGCCGAUGCCUCCCCCGCCUCAGCCGUCGCCACAGCCGCCGUCGUCCCAGCCCAACUCAGCCAGCUCUGGCCCAACUCCCUCGCCGGGUGGUUUCCAGCCAAGCCCCUCCCCCCAGCCGUCACAGAGCCCCGCCACCGCCCGCACCCCCCAGAAUUACGGGGUCCCCUCACCUGGACCCCUUAACACCCCAGGUAACCCCAGUUCAGUGAUGAGUCCGGCGGGGGCGACGUCUCUGGAGGACCAGCAGUACAUGGAGAAACUCAAGCAGCUUUCCAAAUACAUUGAACCCCUGCGCAGGAUGAUCAACAAGAUCGACAAAAACGAAGACAGGAAGAAGGACCUCAGCAAGAUGAAAAGUCUACUGAACAUCCUCACAGAUCCUAAUACAAGGUGUCCCCUGAAGACGCUGCAGAAGUGUGAAAUCGCUUUGGAGAAGCUGAAGAACGACAUGGCCGUGCCCACGCCGCCCCCCCCUCCCGUGCCCACCAAGCAGCAGUAUCUGUGUCAGCCGCUGCUGGACGCCGUCAUGGCCAACAUCCGCUCUCCAGUCUUCAACCAUUCCCUCUACCGCACCUUUGCUCCCGCCAUGACCGCCAUCCACGGACCGCCCAUCACGGGUCCCAACAUCAGCGGCAGGAAGAGGAGGCACGAGGACGACGACCGGCAGACCAUCCCCAACAUCCUGCAGGGCGAGGUGGCCCGGCUCGACGUCAAGUUCCUGGUCAACCUGGACCCGACCUGCUGCAGCAACAACGGCACCGUGCACCUCGUCUGCAAGCUGGACGAUAAAAACCUGCCGAGCGUCCCCCCGCUGCAGCUCAGCGUCCCUGCAGAUUAUCCCGACCAGAGCCCCUACUGGGCCGACGACGAGGAACAGUACAGUGCCAACAACUUCCUGCAGACGGUUCACAAGAACAUGACGUCCAAGCUGCUGCAGCUUCCUGACAAACACUCUGUGACGGAGCUGCUGAACACGUGGGCUCAGAGCGUCCGGCAGGCCUGCCUGUCUGCGGCGUGACGCCCGCAGACCCCCCGGCCGCGCCCCCCUCCGACUCCACGCCUCUUUCACACGCCUUACAAGCAUCUCUAGCGGCUGUAGUAGCGCCGCUCUCCGUGCAUCAGUGUAACGCAGCUUCGGCUCCAUAUCUCGUGACGAUAUUAUUUUUCAUCUUUCUGGCUGAGCUACAAGAUUUCCUCCGUUUUGCAGAAGCAGUGGACACGUCCGGGCACAGGAAAGGGAGAAUGAAAUGUUUGGAUUGCAUUUUGGAGGUGGGGAAAAAUCAUCAUCCAGGUCAGAUUAGGGGGUGUUUUAAAAUUGAUGUGUCCUUCUGCAAAUGAAGGAUUUUUAAUUUUCAAGCCCCAAAGUUCUUGGAUUAUUUUUUUUAUAAUGCCAUAACCAAACAGUCAAGAUCGUAGUGUUCGCCCUCUGUCUUUUGAUUGCAAAAUGAACCCACGGUUGAGGUUUCCUUUUUUCCCCAAAGCCAACACGUGACAAAAAAAACAGAAAUGGACAUUAUGAUGCAUUCCAGCUUUUGUAGCUCAGCCAGAAAGUGAGCAUGCAGUUUCGCCUUGACUUCAUCAGAGACUCUCCGGGUUACAUGUCAGUGCACCAUCUUUCGAAAUGUCAACCAAAAAAAAAAAAACAAAAAAAAAAACAAAAAAAAACCUUGAAUACAUCAGAUCUACUGUGCUUACA